AUGUCUCUUCUCUCUGAUAUUGCGACUCGGACGCUGGUGUCAUUUGCGCAAUCAACCAUACUUUCUGUGCUUCAAAAGAUCACUUAUGGCAGACUUCAUAUUAUUCUCAAAGAGUCGCAAGGGUCCAGAGCAUGGACAUUCGGCCAAGAACCCGGUAAUAAAGAUGACCCAGAAGUGACAUUGACUGUCCUCGACGAUUCCAUAUGGAUGAGACUUUGCCUGAACCUCGAUGUGGGUUUUGCAGAAGCCUAUAUGCUGAGGCAAAUUGAAAUAUCAAACCUCCAGGACCUUUUUGUCCUUUACAUUCACAAUUGGGAUGCUAUCAGUAACGGAAGCUAUCUUGCCCAAACUAUCCCAAAACUCCUACGUCUCGUCAUUCAAUCCACGAAUGAUCCUGCCAAUGCUCUUCGCAAUGCUUCGUUCCACUAUGACGCGUCGAACGAGCUUUUUUGCGCUUUUCUCUCUCCUGACAUGAACUAUUCCUGUGCAAUCUGGGACCCGGCGAACCACACAGAAUCUCUUGAAGCUGCUCAGCAACGCAAGGUCCACAACAUCAUCUCCAAUGCCCGCAUUGAGCCUACGCAUCAUGUCCUCGACAUCGGAUGUGGUUGGGGUCACCUUGCCAUUGAGGCUGUUAAGCGUACUGGCUGCCGUGUGACCGGAAUUACUCUGUCCAAGGAGCAAAAGGCACUGGCGGAGAAGCGCAUUGCGGCAGCUGGUCUGCAAGACAAGAUCAAAAUCCUCAUUUGCGAUUAUCGCGAUGUCCCAAUUGUACCUGGUGGGUACGAUAGGGUUGUGAGUGUGGAGAUGAUUGAGCAUGUCGGCCGUGCACACAUGUCCUCUUUCUUCAGUUGUAUCUCUGAGCUCUUGAACCCAACAACUGGGAUCAUGGUCGUCCAGAGCAUCACGAUCAUGAAUAAGAUUUACGACUCACGUGGUGGCGACAACUUUCUUGACGUGUAUAUUUUCCCAGGCGGAGAUCUUCCAUGCGUGAGCGUGCUCUCCGAAGCUAUCAACACGGGAUCAAAACGCACUCUCGAGGUGGAGACUAUUCAGAGCAUUGGGCCGCACUAUGCCAAAACACUUCGCUCAUGGCGAGAGAAUUUUGAGAUAAACUGGGAGAGAAUAAGGAAGCAGUACCUUGAGAAUCAUCCAGGUACGGAUGAGCAACAGGUCGAGCCUUACCGGCGAAGAUGGAUUUAUUACUUUACGUACUGUGAGGCUGGAUUUCGCACGAACAUUCUGGGGGAUCAUGUCAUCACAGCGGUGCGCAGACCGCAGCCCAUCCCGGCGGAUGUGCCCUUGUAA